GAGCCGAGCCGAGCCGAGCCUGCUGCGGACAAAGGCGGCGGCCCGUGCCGGGCAUGGCGGUGGGAGGUGGCUGAGCCGCGGUGCCAAGCGGAGCGGAGCGGGGCUGCCCCCGCGGCGGGGCCGGCGUGGCCAUGGGAUUCUUGCACCAGCUCCAUCUCCUGCUCUGGAAGAACGUGACGCUGAAGCGGCGCAGCCCGUGGGUGCUGGCCUUCGAGAUCUUCAUCCCGCUGGUGCUCUUCUUCAUCCUCCUGGGGCUGAGGCAGAAGAAGCCGACCAUCCCUGUGAAGGAAGUCUCUUUCUACACGGCGGCUCCGCUCACCUCGGCUGGGAUCCUGCCUGUCAUGCAGUCCCUGUGUCCUGACGGCCAGCGCGAUGAGUUUGGCUUCCUGCAGUACUCCAACUCCACGGUGACGCAGCUCCUGGAGCACCUCAGCGAGGUGGUGGAGCAGAGCAACUUGUUUGACCCGGAGCACCCAGGCCUGGAGGAGGAGCUGGAGUCCCUGCGUCGGCGCCUGGAGGCCCUCAGCAGCAGCGAGCCCAGCUCCAUGGAGACCCACUUCAGCAGCCAGGCAGGAUCUGGUUUCACACUGGAGUGGGCAGCUAAGGACCGGGGGGAACUGCACCGCUUCCUCACACAGAACUUGUCCCUCCCCAAUGGCACAGCCGAGCUCCUCCUGGGCUCCAGCGUUGACCUGCGGGAGGUGUACCGCCUGCUGUUUGGGGCCUCUCCUUUGGCACCUGAUGACACCCAUGAGCGAGACUUGUGGGAUCGGUUUGGACACAGUGAGAAGAUGGCACAGCUGGAGAAGAGCCUCCCCAGUGGCUGGAAGAGCCUGCAGGAGGGGCUGGUCCACAGGGCCCUGCGCGACCCCUCUGCAGCCCUGCAGCGGCCGGCACUGCUCCGCCUGCUGUCCCAGGCCCUGGGCCUCGCCAGUGCUGCCGCAGCCCCCGCUGGCUCCUACAGUCCCCAGGCCUUUGUUGCUGAGAUGGAGCGCAUCCUCUUCACGGCACCGGUUCUGGAGCAGCUGACGUGUGAGCAGAGCUUGGGGACGCUGCGCCGCCUCCUGCGUGUGGCUCCCAGCCAGCAGCCGCUGCUGCAGGCGUACCGCGUGCUGGCAUGCAAUGGCAGCCGGGCAGCCCGCGAGGAGCGCUUUGCUCAGCUGGCUGCUGAGCUGCGGGACCAGAUGGACACCCCCAAGAUUGUCAGCAGGCUGCAGCUGGAUGAGGUGAACAGCACAGCAGCCCAGCACCGGCUCCGCACCCUCCUGGAGGACCUCGUGGAGAUGGAGAAGGUUCUCCGUGACAUGGACAUCCUCUCAGCACUGGCCAGACUCCUGCCCAGGGGGGCCUGUGCCACCAAGGCCCCGCUGCCCACGGCCAACAGCACUGGCUGGGCCAGCGCCAACGCCACUGCCAGCAACACCACGAUGGAGGAGGAGGGUGCUGGGGGGGACCCGGCGGGCGGCGAUAACCCCCAGGGGCAGUUCUCAGCCUUUGUGCAGCUCUGGGCUGGGCUGCAGCCCAUCCUCUGCGGCAACAACCGGACCAUUGAACCUGAGGCACUGAAGCAGGGCAACAUGAGCUCUCUGGGCUUCACCAGCAAGGAGCAGCGAAACCUGGGCCUCCUCGUGCAUCUUAUGACCAGCAAUCCCAAAAUCCUAUAUGCGCCUGUGGGUACUGAAGUGGACAAAGUCAUCCUGAAGGCCAACGAGACCUUUGCCUUUGUGGGCAAUGUCACCCACUAUGCCAAGGUGUGGUUGAACAUUUCCCCCGAGAUCCGAGCCUACCUGGAGGAGGGGAGACUGCAGAGACGCAUCCGCUGGCUGCAGCAGUUCACUGCUGACAUCCACAAGCACCCAGAGAUUCUGAACAUCUCCGACAAUGACCUUCUGCACAGCUUUUUCAAUGGCAACUUCUCCUUGCCCAACGCCAGUGUCCUGCUCCAGCAGCUGGACACCAUUGAUAAUGCUGCCUGCGGCUGGGUCCACUUCAUGGCCAAGGUCAGCGUGGACAUCUUCAAGGGCUUCCCAGAUGAGGAGAGCAUCGUCAACUACACGCUAAACCAGGCCUACCAGGACAAUGUCACAGUCUUUGCCAGUGUGAUCUUCCAGACCAACAAGGAUGGCUCACUGCCCCCACAUGUCAUGUAUAAGAUCCGGCAGAAUUCCAGCUUCACUGAGAAGACCAACGAGAUCCGGCGGGCAUACUGGCGGCCUGGUCCCAACACUGGCGGCCGUUUCUAUUUCCUCUAUGGCUUUGUCUGGAUCCAGGACAUGAUGGAGCGUGCCCUCAUCAACACGUUCGUUGGCCAUGAUGUGGUGGAACCUGGAAACUACGUGCAGAUGUUCCCAUAUCCAUGUUACACGCGGGAUGACUUUCUCUUCGUCAUUGAGCAUAUGAUGCCCCUGUGCAUGGUGAUCUCUUGGGUCUACUCAGUGGCCAUGAUGAUCCAGCAUAUUGUGACAGAGAAGGAACAUCGCCUGAAAGAGGUGAUGAAGAUGAUGGGCUUGAACAAUGCAGUGCAUUGGGUGGCUUGGUUCAUCACCGGCUUUGUCCAGCUCUCCAUCUCAGUCACGGCACUCACCGCCAUCCUGAAGUAUGGCAAGGUCCUGAUGCACAGCGACGUCCUCAUCAUCUGGCUCUUUCUUGCCAUCUACGCUGUGGCAACCAUCAUGUUCUGUUUCCUGGUAUCGGUGCUCUACUCCAAAGCCAAGCUGGCUUCUGCCUGCGGUGGCAUCAUCUAUUUCCUCAGUUACGUGCCCUACAUGUAUGUGGCCAUCCGGGAGGAAGUGGCUCAUGACAAGAUCACAGCAUUUGAGAAGUGCAUCGCGUCUCUCAUGUCUACCACGGCAUUUGGGCUGGGCUCCAAGUACUUUGCACUGUACGAAGUGGCUGGUGUGGGCAUCCAGUGGCACACUUUCAGCCAAUCGCCUGUGGAAGGAGAUGACUUCAACCUCAUGCUGUCCAUGAUGAUGCUGAUCAUUGAUGCCGUGGUGUACGGGGUGCUCACAUGGUACAUUGAGGCUGUGCACCCAGGCAUGUUCGGCCUGCCGCGGCCCUGGUACUUCCCCUUCCAGAAGUCCUACUGGCUGGGCAACGGGCGAGUGGAGACCUGGGAGUGGACGUGGCCCUGGUCCCGCACCACACGCCUCAGCGUCAUGGAGGAGGAUCAGGCCUGUGCCAUGGAGAGCAGGAGGCUGGAAGAGACACGGGGCAUCGAGGAGGAGCCGACUCACCUCCCCUUGGUUGUCUGCAUUGACAAGCUCACCAAGGUCUACAAAACUGACAAGAAGCUGGCACUGAACAAGCUGAGCCUCAACCUCUAUGAGAACCAAGUGGUGUCCUUCCUGGGGCACAACGGUGCAGGCAAAACCACCACCAUGUCCAUCCUGACUGGCUUAUUCCCACCGACCUCAGGCUCAGCUACCAUCUAUGGUCAUGAUAUCCGGACAGAGAUGGAUGAGAUCCGGAAAAACUUGGGCAUGUGUCCCCAGCACAACGUGCUCUUCGACAGACUGACAGUGGAAGAGCACCUCUGGUUCUACUCACAGCUCAAGAGCAUGGCAGAAGAGGAGAUCCGCAAGGAGAUGGACAAGAUGAUUGAGGACCUGGAGCUCUCCAACAAACGCCAUUCCUUAGUGCAGACCCUCUCAGGGGGCAUGAAGAGAAAACUGUCAGUGGCCAUCGCCUUUGUGGGUGGGUCGCGGGCUGUGAUCCUGGAUGAGCCCACAGCUGGAGUUGACCCAUAUGCACGCAGAGCCAUCUGGGACCUCAUCCUCAAGUACAAGCCAGGGAGGACCAUCCUGCUGUCCACCCAUCACAUGGAUGAGGCUGAUUUGCUGGGCGACCGCAUUGCCAUCAUCUCCCAUGGCAAGCUCAAGUGCUGCGGCUCCCCACUCUUCCUCAAGAGUACCUAUGGAGAUGGCUACAAGCUGACGGUGGUAAAGAGGCAGUCGGACACCAGGAACAGUACAGAAUCCGGCCAGCCCCACAGUCCUCCAGGCCACUCCUCCGUCAGCCCCUGCUCUGAGCCCCGCGUCUCUCAGUUCAUCAAGAAGUAUGUGGCCUCCUGCCUCCUCAUCUCAGAUACCAACACCGAGCUCUCCUAUAUCCUGCCCAGUGAGGCCGUCAAGAAGGGCUGCUUCGAGAGGCUCUUCCAGCACUUGGAGCAGAGCCUGGAGGAGCUAGACCUCACCAGUUUUGGGCUGAUGGAUACCACGCUCGAGGAGGUCUUCCUGAAAGUAUCUGAGGAAGACCAGUCCCUAGAGAACAGUGAUGUGGACAUGAAGGAGUCCAAGAAGGAUGCUCUGCAGCCGCCCGUCCCUGAGCUGGGCCCGAAGCCAGAGGCCAACAGGGAGCCCCUGGCGGAGAUGGACGUACCUGAGAAACCCGAGGUGGAGCUCAGCAACCUGGUGACCUGCUCCAAGCUAGCGCAGUCACAGGCAUCCCUGCGCUCAGUCUCCUCAGUGGGCUCCGUACGGGGUGACGAAGGUGGGGCUUAUUCCGAGUUCUUUGGGGAUUACUCUCCGUUGUUUGACAAUCGUCAGGACCCUGAUAACAUCAGUCUGCAAGACCAAGAGGCUGAUGUGGAGGCGGAGGACCACGACCUGGCUGGGCAGGGGAGCUUCAAGCUGGAGGGCUCAUGGCUGAAGCUGCGCCAGUUCCACGGACUGAUCGUCAAACGCUUCCACUGUGCCAAGCGUAACACCAAGGCCCUCUUCUCUCAGAUCCUCCUGCCUGCCUUCUUUGUCUGCGUGGCCAUGACUGUGGCACUCUCUGUGCCUGAAAUAGGUGACCUGCCACCCCUCAUCCUCUCCCCCUCGCAGUACCACAACUACACCCAGCCCAAGGGCAAUUUCAUUCCUUACGCCAACGAGGAACGGCGUGAGUACCGCCUCAGGCUGUCUCCUGACGCUAGCCCACAGCAGCUGGUGAACACCUUCCACCUGCCCUCUGGUGUGGGGGCCACCUGUGUGCUCAAGACAGCCUUCAACAACACAUUGGACCAGCCCAUGCAGACCCUGAACCUCAACAGCAACGAGUCCAAGAUGCUGGCAGCCAAGUACUUUGAUGCUAUGUGCAUUGACUCCUUCACCCAGGGCCUGCCACUCUCCAACUUCGUGCCACCACCUCCAUCCCCAGCACCUUCUGACUACCCUGUCUCAAUGGAUGAAGACCUGCUGCGUGCUUGGAACUCCACAAUCUUUUCUACCAUCAAAGAGACUGUCACCUCUGCUCCCUCCCUGCCCCGCAUCAUCCAUGAGCCCAUCAAGUGCACGUGCUCCAUGCAAGGGACUGGCUUCUCCUGCCCCAGUGGCGUGGGGGGCCACCCACCGCAGAUGAAGGUGGUGACGGGGGACAUCCUGGCAGACAUCACAGGGCGCAAUGUUUCUGAGUACCUGCUCUACACCUCGGACCGCUUCCGGCUGCACAGGUACGGAGCACUCACCUUUGGUAACGUCCAGAAAUCCAUCCCAGCUUCCUUUGGGGCCAGAGCUCCUGCCAUGGUGCGCAAGAUUGCAGUCCGAAGAACAGCCCAGGUCUUCUACAACAACAAGGGCUACCACAGCAUGCCCACCUACCUCAACGCUCUCAACAACGCCAUCCUGCGAGCCAACCUGCCCAAGAGCAAAGGCAACCCUGCUGCCUAUGGCAUCACAGUCACCAACCAUCCCAUGAACAAGACCAGCGCCAGCCUGUCCCUGGAUUACCUCCUGCAAGGCACGGAUGUGGUGAUUGCCAUCUUCAUCAUCGUGGCCAUGUCCUUUGUGCCGGCCAGCUUUGUGGUGUUCCUGGUGGCUGAGAAGGCCACCAAGGCCAAACACCUGCAGUUUGUGAGCGGCUGCGACCCUGUCAUCUACUGGCUGGCCAACUAUGUGUGGGAUAUGCUGAACUACCUGGUGCCAGCCACAUGCUGUAUCAUUAUCCUGUUCGUGUUUGACCUCCCGGCAUACACCUCUCCCACCAACUUCCCUGCCGUCCUCUCACUCUUCCUGCUGUACGGCUGGUCCAUCACCCCUAUCAUGUAUCCUGCCUCCUUCUGGUUUGAGGUGCCCAGCUCUGCCUAUGUCUUCCUCAUCGUCAUCAACCUCUUCAUUGGCAUCACAGCCACCGUUGCCACGUUCCUGCUGCAGCUCUUUGAGCAUGACAAGGAUUUGAAGUUGGUGAACAGCUACCUGAAGAGCUGCUUCCUUGUGUUCCCUAACUACAACCUGGGCCAUGGCUUGAUGGAGAUGGCCUACAAUGAAUACAUCAAUGAAUACUAUGCCAAGAUCGGGCAAUUUGAUAAAAUGAAAUCACCUUUCGAAUGGGACAUCGUGACACGAGGGCUCGUUGCUAUGACAAUCGAAGGCUUCGUCGGCUUCUUCAUCACCAUCAUGUGCCAAUACAACUUCUUCCGGAAGCCCCAGCGGCUCCCAGUCUCCACCAAACCCAUUGAAGAUGACAUCGAUGUGGCCAACGAGCGGCACCGCGUCCUGCGCGGCGAUGCUGACAACGACAUGCUGAAGAUUGAGAACCUCACCAAGGUGUACAAGUCCCGCAAGAUCGGGCGCAUCCUGGCUGUGGACCGGCUGUGUGUGGGUGUGCGGCCGGGGGAGUGCUUCGGGCUGCUGGGCGUCAAUGGUGCGGGGAAGACGACCACCUUCAAGAUGCUGACAGGGGAUGAGAGCACGACGGGAGGAGAGGCCUUCGUUAAUGGGCACAGCAUCCUGAAGGAGCUCCUCCAGGUCCAGCAGAGUUUGGGCUACUGCCCCCAGUUUGACGCGCUCUUUGAUGAGCUGACAGCCCAGGAGCACCUGGAGCUCUACACGCGCCUGCGUGGCAUUCCCUGGAAGGAUGAGGAGAGGGUGGUGAAGUGGGCGCUGAAGAAGCUUGAACUGACCAAGUACGCUGACAAGCCUGCCAGCACCUACAGUGGAGGCAACAAGAGGAAGCUGUCCACAGCCAUCGCUCUGAUUGGAUACCCAGCCUUCAUCUUCCUGGAUGAGCCUACUACAGGGAUGGACCCCAAGGCACGGCGCUUCCUCUGGAACCUCAUCCUGGAUGUCAUCAAGACAGGCCGCUCCGUAGUGCUCACAUCUCACAGCAUGGAGGAAUGUGAGGCGCUCUGUACCCGUCUGGCCAUCAUGGUGAAUGGGCGGCUGAAAUGUCUUGGCAGCAUCCAGCACCUGAAGAACAGGUUUGGUGAUGGCUACAUGAUUACAGUGCGCACAAAGUCCAGCCUCAAUGUCAAGGAGGUGGUGAGGUUCUUCAACCGCAACUUCCCUGAGGCCAUCCUCAAGGAGAGGCACCACACUAAGGCCCAGUACCAGCUCAAAUCGGACCAGAUCUCACUGGCACAGGUCUUCAGCAAGAUGGAGCAGGUGGUGGAUGUGCUGGGCAUUGAGGACUACUCUGUCAGCCAGACCACCCUGGACAACGUGUUUGUGAAUUUUGCCAAGAAGCAAAGCGACAACCUGGAGCAGCAAGAGACAAGCCCCAGCUGUGCCCUGCAGUCCCCCUGGGAGCGUGUGCUGAGCCUGCUGCGCCCGCGGGCUGCGCCCACAGAGCUGCGGGCUCUGGUGGUGGAGGAGCAGGAGGACCUGGAGACAGAUGAUGAAGGCCUCAUCAGCUUCGAGGAGGAGAGGGCUCAGCUGUCAUUUAACACAGACACGCUGUGCUGAGGAGCUGAGGAGGAGCCACAUCCCCAGGCUGUGAUGCCAUUGAACACUUUUCGCCUUUCCCCUCCCUUCGCCCCUGUCGUGUGGAUGCAGCUGGCAUGGGGAUGUGGAUGGCUGCCUCCUGCCCUGCUGCUGAGGAGGACGUGGUGGGUGCAGCACCAGCCCUGAUGGACCCUGCAAGCCACUACCCCAGCCCUCCUUGUCCCGUUCAGCUCCAGGGCCGUGUCCCCAUGCCACACUUGUGGCUGCUGCCCUCGCCAGCUCGCCGGGCUGGCACAUGCCACGAACAGUCUGGGAGAAGAGAAGAGAAGAGAAGAGAAGAGAAGAGAAGAGAAGAGAAGAGAAGAGAAGAGAAGAGAAGAGAAGGAUGUGAUGCCAGUGCCACCAGUCCCACACGUCCCAGGGCGGGGAGAAGGCCAGUGAGAGCGGUGCCUUCGGGCAGCCACGUUGCACCCACCCCAGGGACCCCUGACUAUGGGAAUGCCCCUGUUCCGUCCCAGCCCUGGUGUGAUCAGAGGAAGGACUGUUGCAUUCUCCUUGUUGCCAUCGCUUGCUGGGCUUGGUGCUGGCCAUGGCAUCGCACGGGCUCAGUGGCUCAGUACGGAAGGGGCCGGAGCUCCAGUGCUUCACCCUUGUUUGAUCACUGCUGCCGGUGCUGCUGCCAGGACCUUGCUGUGCCCUCACCCCCGUGAGCCCCCAGCUCACUGCCAUGUCCCAGGCUGCUCUUGCCUGGGCCUGGUCCUGGGCCCACUCUGCCUUGCCUUCCCCGGCUUGCUCUGUGCACUCAGUGCCAUCCCUGGGGCAGGGCACUACUACCCAUGCCAAGAGGCACGUGGUGGGGCAGAGGGGUAUUUCACAGGGUAUUUCACAUGCUGGCACCAGCUGUUUCUCCCCUCUGCCCCCAACUGCGUCCUACAGCCCCCCAUCCUGCCCCCUGCCUGCUGCUAGCCCCUGCUUCCCGUGCCCCACAGCAGGCACAGGACAACGCUGCAGCUGUGCCACCAUUCUACUGUCACCCAUCCUGUUCUCCGUGGCCAUGGCCCAGUGCAGGAGCGUUGGUUCACUGCGGCUACUGAAAGGAACUGCUGCACCCAGGAUGGUUUCUGAGCCUGGAAACAACCUCGAGGGGGUGAGGGCAGGGCAAGCCCAGCUGGGCACUGGUCAGCCUGGCAGUGGUACUUGUUCUGUUGGGCAGGGAAGGACGGCAGCUGGCAGUGGUGCUGUGCCCAUCCAUGUGCAGCAUCACCCAGCGCUGGAGCAGGCACCCUCAGGGUGGCAGCACCCCUCCUUUCUGCAGAGGGUCCUGCCACCUCCUCACCCACAGGGGGCUGUGCCCAGCACCCCCAGACUGCAGCCUUUCAGCAGCCAUGCCCAAAGCAGGAGUGACUGCUGAGCCUGUACUGCUAACCUGGGCAUCACUCUGCACCCCAGGGCUCCCACCCCCCCCCGAGGUAGCCAUGCCCCGCCACCCGCACUGUGCUGCCUGUGCCCGCCUCCUGCCCAGUGAGGCAGCUCCGGCAGCCCGGGCUCGCUGCGGUGUGGGCAGUGCUGUGGGGGUAUGGGACGGAGCUGCUACUGCCUCUGCUCAAGGACGGACCCGGGGUGGGAGCGGUACCACUUUGCCCUCUGCUGUGCCCACAGCCCGCCAGUCCAGUGUGCCACUACUAGAGAUUGUGAUACAAUAUACAGUAUUUUCAAUAGGGGAAAAACUCGGGGCGGGGGAGGGGGGAGGGAGAGAGAUAAGCUCUAUUUUCAGAUUUUUCAGACCAUAUAUUUUUUACGGCAUACUGGAAACUGGCCGGUCCCUGCAUGGUGCAAGGGGCAAGGGCGGGUGCUGAGGGAGCAGCAAACUGUGGGUUUGCCCUUUGCCAACAGGGAAAGGAGGGCCCGUGUCGCCUGCAGGCAUCCAGAGGUGACCUGGAAGGGGGGACAGCUCAGCCCCCUCCAGGCACCCAAGGGUGGGCACGGCGCCCUGCCCUGCUGCAGGGCUGUGUA